CAGUUCCUAUCUCUAGUUUUCAUUGAAAGUUUGAAGUCAUUUGUGUUAUGUUUCCUCCAUGACAUCACGUGGUCUCCUACUCCACGAAUCAGUCCUGUUUCGUAGGCACCUAAGGAAGCAUCGUAAGUUUAUUGGAAGCUUCAUAACCUAAAAAUUUCUAGUAUGAAUAAUGUGGGUAGUUACCAUGUCGAUGGUGUGCCGGAUUUAAGCGAGGAUCUUGAAAACUGGAUGUCUAGGUUACCACACGAACUGAAACAGACACCGAUUAUUUAUUUGGCUAUACCAGGCUCCCAUGAUAGUUUCACUUCGAAAAUAACAUCAGAUUCGGAACUAGCCCCAGAUGCGGAGGACUCCAUAAAAAAACUUAGUUUUUUAGGUUCAUUAUUAAAAGUUUUUUUGGUAAAAUGGUCACGAACACAAACUUACAUGGCUCAUGAUCAGUUAAUAAGAGGAAUUAGAUAUUUUGAUCUGAGAAUCGGAACGAGAAGCGGAAAUCAAGACCUGUUCAUAGUACACGCAUUAUAUUCUGCUGCUGUACAAUCUUGUUUAGAUGAAAUCAGUGCUUUCUUGGAUACUCAUACACAAGAGGUAGUUAUUUUGGACUUCCAACAUUUUUAUGGCUUUACACAAAAUGAGCAUGAUAGACUGAUGCAAAUGAUCAAUAAAACAUUUGGUACUAAGCUCUUGCCUUAUAAUCAACAUAUGAAUUAUGUUACUUUAGAAUAUAUGACUAUACAAUAUCGAUACCAGGUAAUAUGUAUUUAUAGAUCUGAUGCGGCUCGAUUCGGUCAACCUUUAUUGUGGCCAUCGCGUAGUUUUCCAAAUCCCUGGCCAAAUACAGUUUCAAAAACGUAUUUAUACGAGUAUUUACAUAACGGUUUGAAAAAUAGGCCAGCGAAACUUGGUUACAUCACGCAAUGUAUUCUGACACCUCCUGGGUGGUACAUUUUUAAAAACCUUUACAGUUCUCUUAAGAAAAAAUGUGCAAUAAAAUUAGAAGAAUCCAGAUCAAACUGGAUAGAAAAUCAAUCACCCGGUGAAGGAGGAAUGAAUAUUAUAAUAGCAGAUUUUAUUGAAUUAUCUGAUUGUAAAUAUGUAAAAGAAGUGGUUAAUGUAAACCAAAAGUUGAUUCUUAAUAAUAAAAGAUAUUAAUGUGUUAA